UAAUGCUCUGUUUGUUUGCUGCUUUCACUGUUUGAAUCUGAAAUUCUUUCGUUUUUCGUUCUUUUUUCUUUUCUUCGUCUCAACCCAAUUCUUAUCUUUCGCCGCGGAUUUGCAUUCCGAGCAAAAGGACAACGCUUUCUCUCUUUUUCCUCUCCUUUUCUCACCUUCUUUGAAUCUUCCGAGAAAAAGAGAAGGGGAGGAAUCUGUAGCUGGCGUGGAGUGAAUUCAAUACAAGUGAAAUUAGAAUUAAAACCCGAACUCUGUUUUGGGUUUUUCGAGUUUAUUUUUGAUCGUGCUGUUCGCAGUGGAAAAUGGCGAAGCGUGGAUAUAAGCUGCAGGAAUUUGUGGCUCAUACUACAAAUGUGAAUUGUCUUAGUAUUGGAAAGAAGGGAUGUCGGCUUCUUAUUACCGGUGGGGAUGAUUAUAAAGUAAAUCUUUGGGCGAUUGGCAAGCCUACUUCUUUAAUGAGCCUGUGUGGCCAUACAAGUCCAGUUGAGUCUGUGGCUUUUGAUACUGGAGAAGUUUUGGUGCUUGGUGGAGCCUCUACCGGUGUGAUAAAGCUGUGGGAUUUGGAAGAAGCAAAGAUGGUUCGUGGUCUUACCGGACACAGAUCUAAUUGCACUGCUGUUGAAUUUCAUCCAUUUGGUGAGUUCUUUGCAUCUGGUUCCAUGGAUACAAAUCUAAAGAUUUGGGACAUCAGGAAGAAGGGAUGCAUUCACACAUACAAGGGUCAUACUCGAGGAAUUGGCACUAUUAGGUUCACUCCUGAUGGUCGUUGGGUAGUUUCUGGGGGAUUCGAUAAUGUGGUAAAGGUGUGGGAUCUUACUGCUGGGAAGCUCUUGCAUGAUUUUAAGUUCCAUGAAGGACCUAUCCGUUCAAUUGACUUCCAUCCCCUCGAGUUUCUCCUUGCUACAGGUGAGUAUUUCACAUGUGAUUCUAGUUGUUGGCUUGGUGUUUUGCAUUUCCAGGCUGCAGCGGUUCAAACAAUUACUUUUCACCCUGAUGGUAGGAGUCUGUUUUGUGGACUGGACGAUGGCUUGAAGGUUUACUCAUGGGAGCCAGUAGUUUGCCAUGACACAGUCGAUAUGGGAUGGUCAACGCUUGGUGACCUCUGCAUUAAUGAAGGAAAACUUUUGGGUUGCUCGUACUAUAGGAACUCUGUUGGAGUUUGGGUAGCAGACAUAUCGCUUAUCGAGCCGUAUGGAACUGGUUCCAAUGUCGAGAAAACUGACUCUUUGGAGAGUAAGUUUAAUCUCCUGGGAAAUCAUUCUUCAGAGAAAGGAGGGAGUGAGAUUAGAUCAACAUCUACUUUGCGAUGCAUGUCUCCUGAUUAUGAAACAAAAGAGAUAAAGAACAUAUAUGUAGACUCUUCUGGUGGACCUCCUGCUCCUGCUGUUUUGCGGAGAACAGGAUCUCUGAAUUCUUCAAAGCCAGUCCCAUCAUUGGAUUCUGAGGAGAUCAAUAACUUGAUGGCAGAGAAGAAGAGUGCUUCAGUAGGAGUCCACGCAAAAUCUACUGGACAAGGAGUUAAUAAAUCUUUUACCAUAACUACUGUUGUUCCUCGGGAUAUUCCUGUUGGGAAAGAGUCUCUUACUUCUGGAAAAGAAUCUAUCACCUUCUCAAGGACCAAACCAGGCAUGCUAUUAAGACCAGCUCAUACGCGGAGACCAUCAAGUACUAAACUUGAUGUUGAAAAGCUGUCAGUUGCUGCUGACGGAACUCUUGGCAAUGCAAAAAGUGAAUCAGAUAGUGCAAUUAAUCCAAAAUCUCUUGUUUUGGAGGACGGAGCUAGAGAAUCCUGUGAUGAGAAGGUUUCUGAUAUUAAGAGCGUGACAGAGAAGUUUGAAAAAGUUUUAUCACCACAGGCUCCCACUAAUCAAGUAGAUUGUGAUGACCGCACCAAAGAGACAAACUCUGUUAAGUUCGUCAAUGGAGUUGCAGUUGUUCCUGGACGGACACGUACUCUGGUUGAGAGAUUUGAAAGAAGAGAGAAAUUUAAUGCCAAUGAAGAUAAAGCAGCUGAUGUAACCCCACAUCAGACAACUAUUGCAACACAAAAUCAGUCAACUAAUAUGAUAACAAAUGAUACAAUUUAUUCAACAUCAAUCCAACCGAGUAUGACAGCAACUCCCCCAAGUAGUAUUAUGCAAAAUCAGCAAACUAUCACGACCCGAAGCCAGGCAUCUAAUGUGACAUCAGAACCAACAAUUUAUGUGACAUCAAUUCCACCUACAACACCAAAUCAGGCGACUAGUACAGUACCAAAGCAGCCAACUGGUGUGGCCCUGAAUCAGCCGAUUACUAUGACCCGGAAUAGAUCAAUGAGUAUGACCCGGGAAAGGCCAACUAGUAUGAUUCUGAAUCUGGCCACACAUGUAACACCGACUCAGGCAAAGAAUAUGAUGCACCAUGUAGUACCUGAAAGGGAUACAAUACCAACCACACUGAAGGGAGCAGAUCAAAUUUCUGGAAGGGACUUAACGACUGCUAACAAUGUGGACCUUACUGAAAGUCUGAUGCAAACUCAUGAUGUAUUCUUAAGUACCCUCCGGUCCCGGCUGACAAAAUUGCAGGUUGUAAGACAUUUUUGGGAACGAAAUGAUAUUAAAGGAGCUAUUGGUGCCCUGAGGAAGCUGCCAGACCAUUCUGUUCAAGCAGAUGUGGUCAGUGUCCUAAUGGAGAAAAUGGAGAUUCUCACGUUGGAUCUAUUUUCUUGCUUGCUGCCUGUACUUUCAGGCUUAAUAGAUAGCAAGACUGAAAGGCAUGCAAAUAUUUCUUUGGAGAUGCUCCUGAAGCUUGUGGCAGUCUUUGGCCCAGUUAUAAGCUCUACCAUUGCAGCACCUCGAGUUGUCGGUGUUGACCUACAUGCUGAGCAAAGGUUAGAAUGUUGCAAUCAGUGCUUUAUGGAGAUGCAGAAAGUUAAGAAAAAUCUUCCUGAACUUGUAAGGAAGGGUGGUAUGCUGGCAAAGAAAGCUCAAGAAUUGAAUCUAGUUCUUCAAGAAUCGUAGUUGACCGUGCCAUGCAUACAAGAUUUUUUAAAGUGCAAAAGAGUGGCCUAACCAGACCGGUACCCUCUAACCGGAUAUGUAUAUGAUACAAGAGGCUUUUUUCUGCUACACAUUUCUCAUACCUCACAAUUUUGCAUUGCAAAUCCCUGCAUCCUGCAGCUGGCUACUUCUUUGGAAGAUACAGAGCGGCAUCUAGAAUAAAGAGUGAGGUCAUCUUAGAAGAGAGUUCAUCCAAAGAAUGAAAGUACCAUCAUUUGCAGCUGUUUCAGCUGUGUGAUCUUGAAGAUGGAAGAACUCAUCAUCCCAUUCUUAGCGAUCUGGUUGUACAUUGGAACUCGAUAUUAUGAUUCUUUGAUAUUACACAGAAGAGUCUUGUCAGCAUUCUACUCUUUGUAUGAAUGUAAGUACUUGCAGGUAUAUGUGUACUGAAGUUCUAUCAGUGAAAUGAAAUAUGUAUAAAUUUCUUCAAAA